CUCUCUCAGCGUCAGGGAGGGUGGGAAAAGCGCUCUCCUGCUCCUUUGCAAAGAGGGGACCGGGCUCUGCCAGCAGCCCCUGCCCACCCCCGGGCUGCAGGGAAGGGCGAAGAAGGAGCGAACCCGGCGAGUCGGGCAGGGGGUGGGGGCGUUUCUCGGGCGAGCCCCCGAGCUGCUGGCACUCCCGGGGGGUUCCGCCCAGGACCCCAGAGCGGCUCCCCAGCCAGCCGCCCCCCGCCCCCGGCCAGGAGCCAUGCAGCUGCCGUGCCGGAGCUGGGCGCUGGCGCUGUUCACCCUGCUCGUGGGCUUCCUCAUCUUCGUGGACAUCUCGGAGCUCGAGGAGGAGGAGAGCGGGAAUUCUGGAGGCAGAGGUACAAUCAGAUCAGCUGUGAACAGCUUACAUAGCAAAUCUAAUAGAGCUGAAGUAGUAAUAAAUGGCUCUUCAUCUCCAGCUGUUGUUGACAGAAGUAAUGAAAGCAUUAAGCACAUUAAACCAGCUUCAUUCAGAUGGAGACACAACCAGACACUCUCUUUGAAGAUCAGGAAACAGAUCUUGAAGUUCCUGGAUGCGGAGAAGGACAUCUCGGUGCUGAAGGGGACCCUGAAGCCCGGGGACGUCAUCCACUACGUCUUUGACAGGGACAGCACCAUGAACGUCUCCCAGAACCUCUAUGAGCUGCUGCCAAGGACCUCACCCCUGAAGGGCAAGCGCUUCCGGACCUGCGCCAUCGUGGGCAACUCGGGGAUCCUGCUGAACAGCGGCUGCGGGAGAGAGAUCGACGCUCACAGCUUCGUGAUCAGGUGUAAUCUGGCCCCUGUUCAGGACUAUGCCUGGGACGUGGGGACGAAGACAGACCUUGUGACUAUGAAUCCUUCUGUCAUCCAGCGUGCCUUCGAGGACCUGGUGAACGAGACCUGGCGGGAGAAGCUGCUGCAGCGUCUCCACAGUCUCAACGGCAGCAUCCUCUGGAUCCCCGCAUUCAUGGCCAAAGGGGGCAAGGAGCGCGUGGAGUGGGUCAACGAGCUCAUCCUCAAGCACCGCAUCAACGUCCGCACGGCCUACCCCUCGCUGCGCCUGCUGCACGCCGUCCGAGGGUACUGGCUAACAAACAAAGUGCACAUAAAACGACCAACCACUGGCCUGCUCAUGUACACCCUGGCCACGCGCUUCUGCAACAGGAUCUAUCUCUAUGGCUUCUGGCCUUUUCCCCGGGAUCAGAACCAGAACCCCGUCAAAUACCACUACUAUGACAGCCUGAAGUACGGCUACACCUCCCAGGCCAGCCCUCACACCAUGCCCUUGGAGUUCAAAGCCCUAAAGACGCUGCACCAGCAAGGAGCCUUGAAACUGACUGUCGGCGAGUGCGGUGGGGCCACGUAAGACAGGCUUCUGUGGCUCACGUUCCUGCAGGCUACACACCACGGGAGAAAGGGUGAGCGGGAGAAAAGGUUGAGCAGCGGCUAGUGGGGUUGGUUUUCUUUGUUAACGUGCAGAACAGUGACAAAAAUAUAUAUACGUGGUGCCUAUAUAUAUUGACCUGAGUAUUAUAACUGUUUGGUGUUUGGUGACAGACAAGUUACAGGAGAGUCUGAAGCUGCUGCCCGUGCUCAAGGCUUUGCCUGGGGCUGGUUAGGCUCAGAAAGAAGUUAGUUCUACGACGUCAAAAAUGCUUAAAGGUCACCUUGGUUUUUCAGAGUACUUGAGGGUGAUGGGUAAAUGUUAGGCCAUGUGUGUGACUGGUCCAAGGUGGGUAGUUAGGGUCUGUUUGGCCAAGAACCCAGGUGCUGGCACUUCCCAGUAUUCUUGGUUUAGUGCUAAUAAUGGGGUUGUGGGGGGAGCGGGGAGGGAGCCUUUGUUUGUGGCUAAGCAGCUGAGAGGUUGCCUGAGUGACUGGACAAGAACUGAGACACGCAGCAGAGCACCGUGGUCCCUUCUCCGCAGCAGAGCUACCUUACUGCCUCCCGAUGAAUGGCACACGACAUCGUCCAGAUGGUCACCAGUUGAGAUCUAUCCCACGUGGUUUGGUGAGAAGAAUGCCACAAUCAGAGCAGCCUGUUUGGAAAGGCCACUGGACUCUGGACAGAGCCCUUGAGAUGCAGUAUGAGACUCACCCUAAUGACUGUGACUCCAGGAGACACCGGAGGGGGCUCUCAAAGGCAGGCUGAUUUGAAUGAGGUUGGCUGUCAAACGAGUUCCGGGAGCAGGAGACAACACAGGGGCUAGUGAAGAUCAGACUGGCCUGACGCUCUCAGAAGGAUGCUGUGUUUAUGGUUUUUAAUUCCUCUCCUAUAGAACUAAUAGAAAAAGCGAAAACACUGGAACGUAACAGGCGGGCUGCUGCAAACCAGUGCAGUCAGUGCUAAGUCUUACACUGUGCCCGAGUCAAAGGGACCCAGCAUCUGCUAGAGCUCAUGAAAACCAUAAGCACAUUGUAACUCCUGGUUCCCAAUCACUACCUGUUAAACAGCCCUUUCUCCUUCCUACUCCAAAAUUAAUAAUGGGCCUAAGUCUCAUCUAAGUAAAAAGCUCAAAAGUGAGGGUUUAAAAGGAUCCUGUCAAGAUUAAAUCAUACAGGUGACAUUCAUGUCUGAGCAGAGAACCACCAUGAGCCUGUGGACUACUUAAGACCCAGCUAAUCUUUAUUUUGAAGACUUAGGUAGGACUUAAGUGGUACUGUAUAGAGCUAUCAAGCUGGCCCUCCGCACAUGGGUGAAUUUCACCCAUAGUUUAAAUAAAUCAGUCCCUUCCCUGCACUACUAUUACUACUUACAGUAAAAAGAGUGAAGUCGUUCUUAAAAAAACAAAUUCGCUUUCCACUUUUUUUGUUUGUUUGUUUGUUUGUUUGUCAUUGAGACUAGAUUGAUCUAGUUAGUCAAUUUCACUUCCUGUUUCUAUUCCAGUUUCCUUUCCUAACUCUCAUUUGUCAGCAGAAAGCAGUUUGGGUUACAAAGAAUACAGAAGGUUUAAUUUAAACUACAACAGCAACGAAUGGCAUUACAGAAUGUUGUCUUUAAUUGUGAAAGAGUUCCUGGUUGUAUUCGUUUUUUUGUUAUCUACAUGCCUACAUUGUGGGGUUAAACUACUUGACAUUGUCCCUUUGAAAUCUGAGUGCCGGCCUCCAUAACUUUUAAAAGAUAAAACUAUAUGUCAUGUUUAUGAACAAAAAAUUGCCAUGCCUGUAAGACUGUCUAGUCUACUAAUUAGUGUUCGACCAGAUUCACAUUAAGGUGCAGGUACCAUUAUGGAUUAACCUGCCUGUAGGAGAAGUUUCUUCCUAACCCAAGGAAAUUAUAUCUCUUAUUUUAUUUUUAGGCCCAGAUUUUUAAAUUCAUCUUGAUAUUCUGAAUAUACAUCCUACCUUGUACCUUAAUAUAAUUACUUGUCUUUUUUGAGGGAUGGGAAGAGAUUAAAAAGAAAGAAACAUCAAAAACCAAAUCUGCUUUUAUGAUCAUGAGAGGCUUUACGCAACUGAGUAAUGAAUGGUCAUUCAAGACAGACCAUCUCCUCUGCCAUUCAUGCCCAGCUAGAAGGCCGUGGUGGCUAAAGGUGAAGCCACGGAUUCUUAACCUCAGCUCCCUACCUUUAGCGAGUGGCCCGAGGCCAGGUAGUGAUUGUUGUUACCAUGACUUUUUUCAGAAAUAAAAUAAAUGGUGUGAUUUUUAUUUUUAAACCGAUUAGAAAAUAAAAGGCUACUACAGUACCA